AUGAGAUGGCGUCAUGAGGAGCGUUCCCAAGAUAGCAUUCUAAGACAUCCAGCUGACUCUGAUGCAUGGAAAUCUUUUGAUAUUUUACAUCCAGGAUUUUCUAGAGAGCCUCGUAAUGUUAGACUUGGGCUAGCAUCUGAUGGAAUCAACCCUUUUGGUAAUAUGAGUGUUUCGUAUAGCACUUGGCCAGUAAUUGUUAAUGAGUUACAGGAAUUAUGGCAUUAUGGAGUUGAGACUUUUGAUGCUUCAAAAAAGGAAAAUUUUUGCAUGCAUGCUGCACUUUUAUGGACAAUUAAUGAUUUUCCUGCAUAUUCUAAUUUGUCAGGGUGGAGUACUAAAGGAGCAAUGGCUUGUCCUUCAUGCAUUGAGGAGACCCCAUCUACUCGACUUAAAUAUGGUCGUAAGUUUUCUUACAUGGGGGCUCAUCGAUUUUUACCUAUGAAUCAUAAAUGGCGAGAGAACAAGUCUUCCUUUGAUGGAAAAUUGGAGAAAAGGUUUGCUCCCAAGAAGAUGUCAGGAGAUGAUGUGUUCAACCAAUUGCAAAUGCUUCAACAUGUUAUAUUUGAUAUUGAGGGGAAAACCAAAGACAACUUGAAUGCUUGUCGUGAUUUGAAGGAAAUGGGUAUAAGGAAGGAUUUGCAUCCAACUCAAAAGGAUGGGAAGUGGUUUUAUUUAGCAGCAUGUUACACUUUAUCUUCAGAGGAAAAAACUAAAAUAUGUAAGUUUUUAAAAAGUGUAAAGGUUCCUGUUGGAUAUUCAUCUAACAUCUCACGAUGUGUAAGUGUUAAAGAGUGCAAGAUAAAUGGUCUCAGGAGCCAUGAUUCCCAUAUUCUUUUAGAAAAAAUUCUUCCUAUGGCAAUUCGUGGAGUUGUACCUAAUAAUGUGUAUGAUGCUAUAACUGAAUUGAGCAUUUUUAGAGAGUUGUGCUCAAAAGUGUUGAAAAAAGAAGCAUUAGAGCGCCUUGAAUCUCAAAUUGUAAUAACCUUGUGCAAAUUAGAAAGAAUCUUUCCACUAGCAUUUUUUGAUGUUAUGGUGCACUUAAUUGUUCACCUUGCAACUGAAGCAAAAAUUGCAGGACUUGUACAAUAUCGAUGGAUGUAUCCUAUCGAGAGAUAA